AUGGCGAUGAACUGCAGCGUCUUCGGCCUGAUUGGAACGACAACACGCACCCCUCCGCCGCCGCCGCCGCCGCCCGCACCGACCCCGGAAGAUGGCCUUGCCGCCCAUCCCCAACGAGCUCCUGGUGGAGAUCCUCCUCCGCCUUCCCACCCCAGAGGACCUCAUCCGCACCUCCGCCGCCUCGUCGUCAACCGCGCCUUCCUCCGGCGCUUCCGCAAGCUCCACCCUCCGCCCCUCCUCGGCUUCGUCAACUACAAAGGCUUCCGCCCCGCCUUACCGCCUCACCCCUCCGCGCCGGCGGCCAGCGCCGCCGACUUCGACUUCGCCUUCCUCCCCGCACCUGCCUUCGACUGGUCCGUGCGGGAAGUCUGCGACGGCCGCGUCCUCCUCGACAGACCCAGCCGUCACGCCGGUGAUGGGCUCGGAUCCGUCUUCAAGGAGAUGGUGGCGUGCGACCCCCUGCACCGGCAGUAUCUCCUGCUUCCCCCGCUGCCCGAUGACCUAGCCGCUUCGAUUGUUGUCGCACUCGCGAUUGAAGGGCCGUGCUUCGGCGAAUCAUUCCUCGCCCCUCCGAGAGAUGACGAGGAGGCAGCUGCUAUUACUGAGGAGACGUCAUUCAGAGUGAUCUGGAUGCUGCUGCUCCAAACUAAGCCUAUGGCCGCUGUCUUCUCCUCCGGCACAGGGCAAUGGCAAGCCCUGAGUCGGAGCGAGCCCUUACCAGGCUUUUUGUUAUCGACGUGGAAGUUUUGGUUCGUGUCGCGCCAUUACGCACACGGUUGCUUCUACUGGGUUUCAGGUACCAGUGAAAAAUUGCUCGUGCUUGACAUCCGGAAGAUGGAGUUCUCCAUGGUUGACCACCCACCCUGUGCCAGAUAUUCGGGCGAUGAUGCGGCCAUCGUGGAGGCAGGCCAAGGCAUAACUCUGAUGUUUGUGCCUAAACCGGACACGUCUCGCCUAAUUUAUACCGUUUGGCGAAACAAUGGUGGGAGUUCCACUCAGUGGCAGAUGGAGAAUGAGCCAUUCUCGCUGGAUUCUGGGUCCGUGAUCAAGGGUGCGGUGGGUAGGCACUUGCUCCUAUAUUAUGGUGGAAGCUCGUCAGUUGAGCGAGGUUGUUACACGCGGGACGUCGACACAUUACAGCUUGAGAGGGUGUGUGGUUCAUAUCCCGACCCGUCAGAAGCAUAUUGCAACUUCCCACCAUCGUUAUUAUCGUCGCCGACAGUGUCAAGUGGCACACGCCAUGCUGAUGCCCAGGGAGCGGGGGAUGAUUUGCUGGUGCCUGAACUACGAGAAGCUUACCCUGGAGGCGUGCAAGGACCUGUUGUCGCAGCAGCCGCCCAUGCUCCGAACCUGUUGUUCGUCAUUGAAGGGACACACCAUGCUGACGUCCAGGUAGCAGGGGAGCCUGAAGUACGAGAAGCUAACCCUGGAAGCAUGCAAGGACCCUUUGUUGCAGCGGCCGCCCGAGCUCCGAACCCCUUGUUUGUCAUCGAAGGUACACGCCACGCUGACAUCCAUGGAGUGGGGGAUGAUGUGAUGGUGCCUGAGCUACGAGAAGCUGACCCUGGAAGCGUGCAAGGACCCGUUGUUGCAGCCACCGCCAAAGCUCCAAGCCCCUUGUUUGUUGUGGAAGGCACACCCCAUGCUGAUGUUGUCCUGGGAGCAGGGGUCGAUGUGCCGCUGCCUGAACUACGAGAAGCUGACCCUGAAGGCGUGCAAGGACCUCUUGUCGCAGCGGUCGCCCAAGCUCCAAACCCCUUGUUGGUCGUCGAUGACGAUGCUGAGGCGGGUCACGGUGGUGCAAGAGGAGAAGGAGGCGCUGAGGUUGGGGCUGGGGCUGGACCUGCGGAGGUUGCAGAGCCGGGUAGGCGAGGUGGAGAGGGCAGCGUGCGAGGAGGCGAGGGGCAAGAGUAUGUGGUAAGAUGGUAGCUAGAUGGAGUGAGCAAGAGUGACUCGGUCCUUUUUGUAAUGGUUACUUGUUUCAUCUGUGCCGUGAUGGUCCGUGCCUGCUCUUGUUCUGUGCAACUGUCUCUGGAUGACUGAUCGAUAGUGCAGUUUUCCCUUUCUUUUGGCCGGCAACAAGUAGCGAGCACAUUGUUGAUUUUGUUGUGGUGUCAACUCAGUCAGCCGUUUGUUUCGGGAGGAUGGAUGUUGACUCAUAAUUUUAGGUGUUGAGCCGAGUUACUAACAAUGACAGGCUAUGGUGAAUGUGCUUCUUUCUUUCUGAA